CUUGGCUUCUAAGAGAAGAGAACCGAUCAGAACAAAGAAAGAGAGAAAGGAGAGAGCAGUUCGCAGUUUUCGUCACUGUGCGUAGGGGUUGAUUGUUCAGCCCAUAUCUUGAGCUUCACUCGUUCAAAUCAGGCGUGUGAGGUGUCCAGAGAAAGAUCUUAAAACAAGGAUUCUGGAAUGGUGUAGAUCGCGACGAUAGGAGUUGAGGAAGGCUUCCAAAUCUGCGUUGGAAAGUACGACCCUGCAGCAGGGUUUCUUCUUCUCUAGAGGAGGUGAACUUGCCGGGGAACACCUCUUCAAGAGGACUGUUUAGUUUCGUGGCAGGAGGGUGGAGCCACCUGCUGAGAGCAGUGAUAUGCACUAGUUAGUAGUGCAUAAAUGUGUAUUUUUAUAUCUUGUUUUGUGUGCAUUGUUUACCAUUUGUGUGUAGUUGUAAACAUUUGUUCACUUUUUAUUUGUAAGUGUUUUUAGCUUUUAUUUGUGGGUUAGGAAGUUUUGGUAGAAUUGUUGGCAAGGAAAAGGAAGAAAAACAAGGAGAAUGCUGCCCAGAAGUAUAAACCCGACCGGGUAGAAACCUUCACCCGGUCGGGUUUGAAUUAACAUUUGUAGUCUCCAGGAAAUUGCUUGGCCCGGUCGGGCCCUAUACCUCACCCGGUCGGGUGAGACUUGACCGAAGACAACCCGACGUGCUGAAGAACACUAGAACGUGGAAAAUAUUUGAUUCGGACCGGUACCCGGUCGGGUAGAUACUCUACCCGGUCGGGUACUCGACCAAAGGUGUUGAAAAACACCUAUAAAUAGCACACUUUUCCUUCACUAAAAAGAAUCCCUUCUUCCAUACUCUUAAGCUCAGUUUAGAAUAGUAUUUCUUUUAUAUUUUUAUAGCAUGUUUAGUCUCCAAAUGAGGAGCUAAACUCUUCCAUCUUGGUUUUGCUACUUUGAAGCUUAAUGAAUUUGUAAGUUGUGAGUUAUUCUCUUUAAUCUUCUUCCUUGAAUAUUAAUUCUUCCUUUAAAUACUAUUUCUAUAUCAAUGUUGGGGAGUGUUACUAAGAUGACAAUUAGUUAACAUCUUGACAUUAAUUAUAGUAAUAGCUAUUUCUUCCUCUAUGUUAAUAUUGGGGAGUGUUACUAAGAUGACAAUUAGUUAACAUCUUGAUAUUAACUAUAGUAGGAUUCAUCUUCUUUAAUAUUCUUCCUUGAGUAUUAAUUAAUUCCUAUUCAUAUUUCAUAUUAAUAUUUUGAACAUUACUUAAAGGAUCAACUAGUUUUGUUUCAUAUAUUAAUUAUUACUAGAAUCAAUCGGUUAAUACGCUUGUUAUUAAUUCGGUUCUUUCAAUGGUAGUAAACUUGGGUUGUUAAUGCAUGCUUCUCAUGAUUAAUAAGCCAAGGGGAAUUAAUUAUAUUGAUUAAACCAAUAAACCGCUUGUGUUGAGGUUAUCAAUCUCAAUCGUUUUCAUCUUGAUUUUAUUGCUACUAUCAAGUUAAUAUACGGCGCUUGUUCUAUAUUGACUCGGUAGUAAGUUUUAUUAAUGAACGCGUCUCGUUAUUAAUAACUACCCUCGAUGAACUGGAUAUACUCCUCGAUUGAGUAUUCGAGAGGAAGAUAGUUAAAGAUAUAACCGGGAUCGACGAACAUUUCAUUAAGUGGAUAAAAGCAAAACCAAGUCUUCUUCUCAUUAAUUAAACCACAUAACUCGUUCAUCUUCGUGUUUAAUUUAUUAAACCAAAUCAAACUAAAACCCCCCAUUUUGUCACUGGUUCUAUAAAAAGAAAAGUAUUCCUUUCCCUGUGGAUACGAACCUUACUUCACUAUACUACGUAUUAGUGUUGUAUUGUAUUUAUUAUUUUGAGUGCACACCACGACAAAGUGCACGUCAAAUUUGGCGCCGUUGCCGGGGAAAGGCAAUAAUUUUUCUUUUUAUUUUAAAUUAAGAAAAAUCGAAAAAAAAUAUAAAUAAAUAAAAUAUAAAGCGCUCUUACUUUUUCUAUUUCUGAGUUUACAUGAGUAUAUGGUAAAAACCCGUUCUAUAAACGAACUUACUUACCAAACAAACCCCGAAAUAGAACAAGCCUUCGAGAGGUUGAGAAAUUUAUUUCCGCACACACCCUCGGAGGAAUCCUCAAACGCUAGCUCUAGCUCUAGCGAAUCCGAAGAGUCAUUCCACAUGGCUCUCGAGACAAGGACCUUGAGGGAGCUCACAGCUCCAAACUUGAAUCAACAACCAUUAUGUAUUACCUUUCCUACUCUUGAUGAAGGUAAUACAUUUGAGCUGAAAUCUGGGCUCAUACAUUUAUUGCCAUCUUUCCAUGGCAUGAGAGGAGAAGAUCCGAAUAAACAUCUUUCGGAGUUCCACAUCGUUUGCACAAGCAUGUGCCCAAACGGUGCCACAGAAGAGCAAAUAAAACUGAGAGCCUUCCCAUUCUCAUUGAAAGAUACUGCGAAGGAUUGGCUUUUCUAUCUUCCUUCGGGAAGCAUCAACACAUGGGCACAAAUGAAGAAGUGCUUCCUCGAUAGGUAUUAUCCUGCUUCCAUCUCAUCUUCUCUCAAAAAGCAAAUAAGCAACAUCGAGCAAAAGGAUGAUGAAUCCUUAUAUGAAUUUUGGGAAAGAUUUAAGAAGCUAUGUGCUAGCUGUCCCUAUCAUGGCUACUCAGAACAAGACCUCAUCUUAUACUUUUAUGAUGGUCUUGUUGAUGAUGAUAGAAGAAUGGUGAACGCCGCUUGUGGAGGCGGCAUUGUUAAUAAAACUCCUUCACAAGCUAUAAAUCUUAUCUCGGAAUUGGCCGAGAACUCACGGCAAUUCGGUCGCAGAUCCUCAACUCGUAGAGUUGCCGCGGCAGAAUCGACAUCAUCACUGGAGAGUCAAGUUGCCGGCUUGACUUCCUUGGUUAAGGAUUUCCUCUUAAAAUCCAAGACCCAAGAAGUCAAGGUCUGCGGCAUUUGUACGCAACAAGGGCAUCCCACUGACUCAUGCCCGACUCUUCAAGAAAACGAUACAGAGCAAGUCAAUGCCUUGGGUUUCCAAGGCCACCAACAAAGGAGGUACGAUCCAUUCUCAAACUCUUACAACCCUGGAUUAAGAGAUCAUCCAAACUUGAGGUAUGGAAACUCCCAACAAUCCAAACCAUCUUCUCAACCAUCUUUUGACAAUCAAGGUUCAAACUCUCAAUCUAAUAUGUCAACGGAUGAAAUGAUACGAGCUUUGACUUCAAACAUGGUUACCAUGCAACAAAGCAUGGGUCAAUUUCAACAAACCAUGAUACAAUUCCAACAUGAAACGAAGUCAAGCAUUAAAAAUUUGGAAACCCAAGUUAGCCAAAUUUCAAAUGCCGUAAGCCGUCUUGAAGCAAAGGACUCGGGUAAACUCCCAUCUCAAACGGAGCAAAACCCGAGACAACAUGUGAAUGCAAUCAUGUUGAAGGGGGUAGAAAAAAAUGACCAAGAGAUCAAGGAGGUUGAUCAUGAAGAAGAAGCUCAAUCUGAGGAGGGAACCACAAAGGCGAAACUUCCACCAUAUGCAUCGUAUGAACCAGUAGCCCCAUUUCCCGAGGCACUGAUGGAGACAAGGAAGCUGGAGAAAGAUACUGACAUCUAUGAGACAUUCGCCAAGUGUGAGGUAAACAUUCCGCUCCUUAACUCAAUUAAAAAUGUUCCCCGUUUUGCUAAAUUUUUAAAAGAAUUAUGCAAAACAAAACGAAAGGAUAAGUCAAAAGAAAAGCAAGAGGUCAAGGUUAGUGAACAUGUAUCGGCUCUAUUUCAAAAGAAACUUCCCGAAAAAUGUAGCGACCCGGGCAUGUUCACCAUACCUUGCAAGAUAGGGGACACCGCAUUUUCUAAGGCCUUGUUGGAUUUAGGGGCAUCUAUAAAUGUCAUUCCUUACUCUGUUUAUAAAUCCCUACAACUCGGCCCACUACAUCAAACAGGUGUAGUGAUUCAACUAGCGGAUCAUUCUAAUACUUACCCGAAGGGUAUAAUAGAAGAUGUGCUAGUAGAAGUAGAAAAUAUGGUUUUUCCUGUUGACUUCUAUGUCCUUGAAAUGGGAAAUGAUGACCAAACAACACCCAUCCUUUUGGGUAGACCCUUCUUAAAGACCGCAAAAACAAAAAUUGACGUGUCUAGUGGUUCAUUAACUUUAGAGUUCGAUGACCAAAAAAUAGAGUUCAACAUCUUUGACUCUACGAAAAAACAAAUUAAAGCCCAAUCUCUUUGUUCUUUAACUGUUUUUGGACCACAAGAACCAAAGUCCUUGAAGGAAUCUAAUAAAAUCCCAAUUUUUCAAAAAAAUAAGAAUAGGGGAUCAUCUGCGGUUGAGGAGGCAAUAAAAACAAAAAUUCGACCUUACUGGAAAAGGUCGAAAAACAAAAUGAGUACGAGGCCAAACAAGAUUGUUCACGAUCCCACUUAAAAUAGAAAAUAAAAUAAAAAUAACGUCGUGCCGCGACGUUAAAUCAAGCGCUUCUUGGGAGGCAACCCAAGUUUGUAUUUUGAGCAUUUUCAUUUAUUUUUGUGUGCGAGAAAACCUUUUAAAAAAAAAAAAAAAAAAAAAAAAAAAAAAAAAAUUAAGGCCAGACCCGGCCGGGUAACUUUUUGAACCCGGUCGGAUCUAGCAGAAAAAUAUUUUCACCAGACCUCCACCCGACCGAAGCAAGUCACAAUUAUUUCGAAAUUUUUUUUUUUACCCGACCGGGCAACUCCAACAAACCCGGCCGGGUAACUAAAUUAUUUGGUACCAGACCACUGCUUUGCAAAUCCGACCGGGUCAAACCACAUACCCGGCCGGACAAAAAAAUAAAAUAAAAUAGUCAAAAUUAACUAAUACCCGACCGGGUACUUUAUUUCACCCGGCCGGGUAUUCAUUCCAGUAGCUACUGGAUAGGCGGGAUCGAAAGGCCCGACCGGGUCUAUUAACCCACCCGACCGGGUGAACGGGAAAACACCCCUAUACCAGGUCGGGCUACCCUCUUCCUCUCCCAAUCUUCUUCUUCUUCCUACGAACCAACCCCCAAAAUCCCCCAUUUUUACACUCCAAAAGCUUCGAAUCUACCCCCAUUUCUCCACCAAAUCAAUCAAAUAAAAUCAUUUUCUUCAUCUCCCAUUCACCCUCUUCCACUCUAUACCCAUAAAUCCAUCUCAAAUCCACCAAUUACACCAAACCCACAAAACCCUACCCCAAAUCCGAAAAUCCCCAUUUUUGGGCAUUCAAGGUCCAAAAUCAAACCCAAAAUCCCCAACCAAUAUCAUAUCCUUGUUCUCCUCACCAUUCUCUUCCAAACCAUACCCAUAAAAACUCUCCAAAACACACCCUAGCCAAAAGUCCGAAAAUCCUUCAAGAAAAAACCAAAAAAAAUCAAAUUCAAUGGCUCCAAGAAAAUCAAAAGGCUCUUCCUCAAGGGGUAACCGAGCUAUACCACCGGUGCCGGGCUACGAGAAUGUGGAUUUGGCUACGGAGGGUCAAAGGGAAAGCUUCAUCAACCAAACAAAGAGGGAGGUAAAACAAUCCCGUUUCAUGUGCUUAACUACUCUAGCAUUACUGUGGAUUGAUGUUGUGAUGCGUGACAUAUUUGCGAGAAUUGGAAUGACUAGAAUAUUUGGAAUGCAAUAUGUUACAUAUCCUCAUUUGGUGUAUGAAUUUUUUAGCUCGUUUGCGUAUACGAAAGAUGUGGAUGAUCAUGCAAAUGACAUCAUCACCUUUCGUUUACUAAAUGAAAAUCGUUCAUUAACCAAAAGGGAAUUUGCUCAACACUUUGGCCUCCCAUUAUUUGAUGAAGCACGUACAUAUGAUUCUCUUGUGGGAUAUGAGUUGUGGAAGAGAAUGACAGGAAAACCUGUGGUUGAUCUUUCUAAGCUGAGCGUGAACCGUGUGCAACAUCCGGUCUUCCGACUAUUCUUAAAAUUCUGCUCCAAUUGUUUUCUCGGAAGACCAAAUAAUCAUCACACACGGAUUUGGGAUGUGUGCGUUCUAGCACAAGCUGUUUUGCCUGGCCCGGAUCAAGUUGAUGUUGCCACCAUCUUAUGGACCCAUUUCUACAACGUGGCAACAUCAACAGGACCAAUUGUGAUGGGGGGCCUCAUCACACAUAUAGCCACUUUAUAUGGUUUUGUAGACCACGGCCCCAUCACCUCAAGACAACUUAUUUGCACUGAAUGGCUUGUAACAAAGACCCUAGACUUGGUAUCCUCUCACAAAACACCAACCGGGGCACAAGUCUAUAAUUGGCGCAUCCUCCCACGCACCUCCAUCUACCUCCAAAUACCCUCGGCCGAUGUCCCCCUGGAUAUCAUCGAUCACCAAAUCGGGGAUGGUCAUCACUAUUGUCUUCCCGGGGCAAUCCCGGAUCAUUAUGAAGAACCAAUCCAAAAUGAAGAUGAUGAAGAACCACCAAUCAUACCCGAACAACCCCCACUAAUGCCUGAACAACCACAACCUCAAGCUUUUCACUACACACCUUUCGAGCAACAAAUGCUCGAUAACAUGGCCAUGCUCAACAACAACUACACCCAACUUCGGAAUGAAGUUGGAUUAUAUCGUACGGAGCACAGGCAGAGCUUUGAGAGGAUGGAGGAGCAGCGGCAGGCAGACUGGCGUAGAUAUGAGGAAGACCGCCGGAGAGAUGAGGAGGACCUACGGAGGACCUAUGGUCCUAUUUAUUCCUAUAUGGCGCAUCAGGGUGGAUUUGCAUCUAUGACCACUCCCCCUCCCGCACCCUCUUGGUAUGAUCCCACUGCAUGGGGUUAUUUUGGAGGCUCGAGUUCCGGUGGUGGAGGCGAUGAUGGUGGUUAUGGCGGUGAUCACAUGGAUGAGGACAGACACCAUGGUGGCGGUAUGGGCGGGCACUAGGGACAGUGCAAUGACUCAGCUGGGGGGAGACUAUUCUGGUAAGCUUACAUUCACACUCUUUAUUUUCUUUUUAUUAAAAAAAAAAAAAAAAAAAAAGAGCUUGUUAAGUUGAAAACCCACAAAGGGCAACUUAAGCAAAAAUAAGCAAAAUAAGAGUGAGUUUGUGAGGAUUAAAACAGAAAAAUGUGGGAAGCUGGGAUGAAAACCCGAAAGGGCACCUAGGCAAAAAUGAGAGAAUGAGAGAAAUUAUUUCUUUUGACUUUGCAGGAUCCUAAGGGUGAUGAUGAAAGGGAGUUCGUUGGUGAGAAAACCAAUUUCGAAGACCUCUUGAUGUUGGGGAUAUUUUUUGUAAUCAUUCUGCUUCUAGAUACACUUUAUGGUGGUUGUUUUGAUACUGUUGUUUUGAAGACUUCAUGGACAUAAUUUAUUUUACUCGAGACGAGUAAAAGUUCAAGUGUGGGGGUAUUUGAUAUGCACUAGUUAGUAGUGCAUAAAUGUGUAUUUUUAUAUCUUGUUUUGUGUGCAUUGUUUACCAUUUGUGUGUAGUUGUAAACAUUUGUUCACUUUUUAUUUGUAAGUGUUUUUAGCUUUUAUUUGUGGGUUAGGAAGUUUUGGUAGAAUUGUUGGCAAGGAAAAGGAAGAAAAACAAGGAGAAUGCUGCCCAGAAGUAUAAACCCGACCGGGUAGAAACCUUCACCCGGUCGGGUUUGAAUUAACAUUUGUAGUCUCCAGGAAAUUGCUUGGCCCGGUCGGGCCCUAUACCUCACCCGGUCGGGUGAGACUUGACCGAAGACAACCCGACGUGCUGAAGAACACUAGAACGUGGAAAAUAUUUGAUUCGGACCGGUACCCGGUCGGGUAGAUACUCUACCCGGUCGGGUACUCGACCAAAGGUGUUGAAAAACACCUAUAAAUAGCACACUUUUCCUUCACUAAAAAGAAUCCCUUCUUCCAUACUCUUAAGCUCAGUUUAGAAUAGUAUUUCUUUUAUAUUUUUAUAGCAUGUUUAGUCUCCAAAUGAGGAGCUAAACUCUUCCAUCUUGGUUUUGCUACUUUGAAGCUUAAUGAAUUUGUAAGUUGUGAGUUAUUCUCUUUAAUCUUCUUCCUUGAAUAUUAAUUCUUCCUUUAAAUACUAUUUCUAUAUCAAUGUUGGGGAGU